AUUGAUGACUGGAAGACCACCAGGUGGAAGGACAUCAAUGUUGAGCAGAUGGAUAUCGAUUGUAAGAAAUUUGCUAAAGACAUUCGGAACUUGGAUAAGGAGAUGAGAAGCUGGGAUGCAUACACGGGACUGGACAAUAGUGUGAAGAACAUGAUAACGUCCCUGCGUGCCGUGAACGACCUGCAGAACCCGGCCAUCAGGGACCGGCACUGGCAGGAGCUCAUGCAGGCAACCAAGGUGAACUUCACCAUGUCCAAGGACACAACCCUCUCAGAUCUGCUGCAGCUGAACCUGCACAUGUUCGAGGAUGAGGUUCGUGGCAUCGUGGACAAAGCCAUGAAAGAGUCAGGGACGGAGAAGGUGCUGAACACCCUGGACACUACCUGGGCAACGAUGCGGUUCGAGCACGAGCGCCACACCAGGACCGGCAUCAUGCUGCUCAAGUCGGAUGAGGUGCUCAUUGAGACACUGGAGGACAACCAAGUGCAGCUGCAGAACCUGAUGACCUCCAAGCACCUAGCCUUCUUCCUUCAGGAGGUGUCGGGCUGGCAGCAGAAGCUGUCAACCGCUGACUCCGUUAUCAGCAUCUGGUUCGAGGUGCAGAGGACAUGGAGUCACCUGGAGAGCAUCUUCAUUGGCUCCGAAGACAUCCGCAGUCAACUGCCGGUGGACUCGAAGCAUUUUGAUGCUAUCGAUGAAGAUUUCAAAGAAUUAAUGGCCGAUGCGGUAAAAACCCCCAAUGUGAUUGAAGCUACGAACAAGCCUGGUCUCUACGACAAGCUGGAAGCAUUGCAGAAAAGACUGGCGCUCUGUGAGAAGGCUUUGGCUGAAUACCUCGAGACAAAAAGACUGGCUUUUCCCAGAUUCUACUUUGUUUCCUCUGCAGACCUGCUUGAUAUUUUAUCUAAUGGGAAUGAGCCAGCUGAGGUGUCCCGUCAUCUGCCAAAGCUGUUCGACAGUCUGGCUAAACUGAAGUUCAAGAUGAGCCCGGGCAAAAAGCCCCUGAAGGUUGGCCUGGGGAUGUUCAGUCGGGACGAGGAGUACGUGCCCCUCGACGCAGACUGUGACUUGUCUGGCCAG